AUGUCUCCCUCCGGCGAGCUGCUAGCCUCCAUCUCCUCCGCCCUCGCCGUCGCCUUCGUCCUCCUCGCCUGCGUCGAGCUCGGCGACGCCGCCACCGCCGUCGGCGUCUACCGCCUCAUCCAGUACGACCUCGCCGGCGCCCCGCUCGGCUCCCGCGCCGCGGUCAUCAACCACCACGCCGCCGCGCUCCCGCUCCCCGCCGGCGCGGACCUCUCCCGCUCCGCCCUCGUCGCGCCGCUCCUCGACCUCCCGCUCUCCUUCCUCAGAGAGUACCUGGUGGAGAAAAAACAUCUGGGGGGAUUGCUCAUUCUGCUCCCGACAAACCACGGUGAUAAGGAAAGUGCGGAUGACAAGGGGAAGGUCAAAGGUGUACUGACUGAGCUGGAGAAGUUGCUUGUGCAUGAACAAGUUCCAUAUCCAGUGUACUUUGCUUUGCACGACGACAAUUUUGAUAACCUGCUGGCAGAUAUCCAUAAAAUUGCCUCUUCAGGUCAACCAGCCUCUGCAACAACAGGAGGUUACAAACUUGUUGUGUCCUCAGCAGAGCCUAGAAAAGUGUCAUCUCCGACCAUUUCUAAUAUCCAGGGAUGGUUACCUGGAUUGAAAGGAGAGGGUGAUAGUGAACAGCUUCCGACUAUUGCCAUAGUUGCAAACUAUGACACCUUCGGUGCUGCACCUGCACUUUCUGUGGGAAGCGACAGCAAUGGAAGUGGAGUUGUGGCUCUUCUAGAGAUCGCAAGACUAUUUUCACGUCUGUAUUCAAAUCCUAAGACAAGGGGCAAGUACAAUAUUCUCUUUGGGUUAACAUCUGGCGGACCCUACAAUUACAAUGGAACUAGCAAGUGGCUUAGGAGUUUUGAUCAGCGUGUACGCGAGGGCAUUGACUACGCAAUUUGCUUGAACAGUGUUGGUUCCUGGAGCAAUGACCUCUGGAUGCAUGUAUCAAAGCCUCCAGAAAAUCCCUAUAUCAAGCAAAUCUUUGAAGAAUUUUCGGAUGUCUCUAAAGAAAUGGGUGUUUCAGUUGGAAUCAAGCACAAGAAGAUUAAUGUCUCAAAUCCUAGAGUAGCAUGGGAACACGAACAGUUCUCAAGGUUUAGAGUGACUGCACUUACUCUUUCAGAAAUGUCUACCCCUCCUGAAUUUUUGGAAAGCACUGGCGGUCUUCAUGACACUAGAGAAUCUACAGAUGUUGAGUCAGUAAUCCGAACUGUCAGAUUAGUUUCUGAGAGUCUUGCGAGACACAUCUAUGGAUUGAAAGAAAGGAACAUCGACGUUUUUGCAGAGAAUAGCAGCUUAGCCAUUAAUCCUCACUAUGUCAGGUCCUGGUUGGAUCUGUUGUCACGGACACCACGAGUUGCACCUUUUCUACAGAAAAAUGAUCCCUUUAUAGCAGCGCUCAAAAAGGAACUGUCCGAACACACUACUGAUGUGCAUGUCCAAAGUGAUGCGCUUGAUGGCAUGUUCACUUUCUAUGAUGCAACGAAAGCAACUCUAAAUGUGUACCAGGUUGCAAGUGUUACCUUUGAUCUGCUGUUCCUUCUGGUGCUCGGUUCCUAUCUGAUCGUUCUCUUCUGUUUCCUAGUAAUUACUACACGGGGUGUUGAUGAUCUCAUUAACAUAUUCCGGCGGCCUCCAUCACGCAAGCUCAAGGGGGCAUAG